CUUCGAAAACUGAAAAGCAUUAUUCGAAUGGUUCAGUUCAUUUCCGUUGUUUAAAAAAACAACACAACCUUAAAAUUUUAUAGUAAUCAAUUCCAGAAUACAUAUCCAAAAUUUGAAGAUUAUGCUUUAAAAUUACAAGUUAUUCGAGCUAUAAUAUAAAAAAAGAAAACAUCUUGGAACCAUUGAACGAACAGGAGAGAGAGAGGGGUAUCAUCACUUUGCUUUCGUAAAGUAAGUAUCGAUCAAAAUGGGUGACAAUGAGGGUGCAGAGGAGCAGGAUUUUGAGGAGGAGGAUGGAGUUGCGGCCAUAGAUGAGGGCGGCAUCGAGGAGGGCAUUGAGGAUGACUUAUUCUCACGUCUGGGUGAGUCUUCAGAUGAUCCAGAGCAGAGACGCAUGUAUCACGAGUAUUUGGCUCUCAUCAAGGAGAUCGAUUGCCAGAAUAGGAUUAUACAAGACAUUAAGAUGCAGGUAAUGGACAUGUGCGAACGUCCUUGUAAGACGCGCAACGAACUGCGCGAAAUCAAGCGCCUGCGCAUUUGUAUGGAGCAAGAGAAUAUCAAGUUACACACAAUGAUGAAUCGAGCUGUGAAGCUGCAGAACUUUGGCUCUCGUCGUCAUUAUCGCGAAUUAAAUAUGACAACCACCGUAGAUGAGGAUAAUAUAUCACCGUAUUGCUUGGGUACCUGUGGAAAUACUGCAGGCAGUGCCGGUACGGCCACAGACUGCAGCGAAGACGCUCCAUCCAGCCGUUGUCAAGUAGAAGGCCAAGAGGAUCGGCUCAUUAAGGCGCUAAGUAAAGCUAUGCAAAAGAUGAAGGGCGCCUGCCCAGAGGAUAUGAAAAUGAUGCAGGAAAUCGCCUGCGCCAUCAUGGCUUCCAAGUCUAAGCCCAAGCAGGUGUGCAUGCCGGGUCCAUGCCAGAAAGCGAAUUCUCCUUGUGACGAGAGCAGCAGCAGCUCGGUGGCACCUCCAUGCGCGCCGUGUCCUCCACCAUCACCGUGUCGGCAACCGAAACGCUCGCGCCAUCGUGCCCAAUCACCAUGUCCGCCACCCUGUCCGCCCCCUUGUGCGCCGCCGUGUAACAAGAGCGAUUCGCUGGACAAGCUGAAGCGUCGCAUUGUGAACAUGCAGUCUUCGGUGAAGAAGCUGCUUAAUGAGGUUAGCAAGCGCGAGACACUGGAGCCCACAUCGUGUGGCGGCUAUGAUGACGACGACGACGACGAUGAUCCAUGCAAUGCGCAGUCCCGCCCGCCUUGCCCCGAAGAUCCCGAUCCAUUGGUCAUUUGCGGUGGCAAGCGCAAUACCAAAGCGGACCAGUUCGAGAAGAUGAAGGAGAACUAUGCUCGACUCUUAACCCAGUUUCAGCGCAAAGACUGUCAAAUGAAGGAGCUGGAAAAACGCAUGCGAGGGUUCAUGGGCGGCUGUGGUGCCUCCAAAGGUACUGCGGACGCUGACACCGCUGAGCUAAAUUUGCUCCGUGCCCGCGUCAAUGAACUGAAGGAAGAACAGUUGGAGUUCAAAUGUAUCAUGAAAGAGCAGUCACAACAGCUGGAGGAUUAUCGCAACAAGUACAUGCUGGCACAGCAAAAGGUCGAGGAACAGUGCGUCUCGUUGGAGAAACUGAAUAUGAAUAAUAAACGCAUCGAGCAGCAAAUUAACACGGAGGUCAAGGAGAUACGCUCCAAAUUUCAGGAGAAACUCAACGAGCUGCUCCAUUUCCCCAAGUUGCUCGAGAACGAGCAACUGAAACUAGCGCAGGUGUGCAAGGAAAAAGAUGAUCUGCAGAGCAAACUUGUGGUUGUCUGCAAGGAGUUGAAAUCCUGCAAGAUACAGUUGGAAAAUCCCCCAGAAGACUUGGGUCCACAGCUUGCCCAGUGCCAGCUUGAUUUGACCCAAGCGCGUAAUGAGAUCGAGGAGCUGCUGCGGCAGCGCGAUCUAUUCUGUGAACAACUGAAGACUACACAAGACGAUCUGGAUACGUUGCGUACCGAGUCCGCCAAGAUCAUUGCCGGCACCAAGGAACGCGCCGAAAUGAUCAAGGCCCAGCAGCAGGAACAAAUCAAUCGCCUCGAGAAGGAGUUGGCACAAUGUCGUGCCACGGCCAGUUUGUCGGUCAACGAUCGCGAGGCGGUCAUACGAGAAAUGCAGGGCCAGCUCAAUACAUUAUCCUACAGUUUCGAUGCGGCCCAAAAGCAAAUCAAAACUCUACGCAAUCACAUUGCCUAUGUGUCCAAUGAGAAUUGCUUCCCAGUCAAAUGUUAAGACGACAGUUUCGUUCAGAUUUCAAUGUUCUCAUCCAACUGCCGUCAUAUUUGUGCGUGUGUGUAUGCGUGUGUGUGCGUAUCGCGUGCUCGCGUAUCUUUGAUCAUACUCCCAAAUCUCAAAAUAAUGUAUCUCUGAAAUGUACAAAAUGCAUGAUUGUCCAACA